UUCCCAGCUCUGCUGGGCUCUAUGGAGGAAAAAUUCCGCUGGGCCCUCCAUUCCCAUGGCCGCAGCCGCCUGCAGCACCAAGGCCAUGGCCCUGUUCAAGCGCACCUUGGUGCUGAGCCCCGCUGCAGCGCCCAGGGGCCCCAGCACUGGUGCCCCACCGCGGGGCUGCCCCUUGCCUCCCGCCGCCUGGCCCUGCAAGGACUGGCUGCGGGGAGAGGGCAUUGGCGGCAGGCUGUGGAGCCCGGCAACAGCUGGCCGCCUGCCCCAGUCCCACUCCUGCUGCUCCACGCCACCCAGCGCCGUGUGUGUUCUCUGCCCGCAGGACUCGCUCAGCAGCAGCAUGAAAACUUGUUACAAGUAUCUAAAUCAGACCAGUCGCAGUUUCGCAGCUGUCAUUGAGGCGCUGGAUGGGGAAAUGCGCCAUGCAGUAUGCAUAUUUUAUUUGGUUCUCCGGGCUCUUGACACCGUGGAAGAUGACAUGACCAUCAGCGUGGAAAAGAAGAUUCCACUGUUGCACAACUUUCACUCUUUCCUUUAUGAACCAGAGUGGCGAUAUAUGGAGAGCAAGGAGAAGGACCGACAAGUGUUGGAGGACUUCCCAACGAUCUCCCUAGAAUUUAGAAAUUUGGCUGAGAAAUAUCAAACGGUGAUUGCCGACAUUUGCCGGAAGAUGGGAAUGGGGAUGGCAGAGUUUUUGGAGAAGCACGUGACCUCUGAACAGGAGUGGGAUAAGUACUGUCACUAUGUCGCUGGACUGGUGGGAAUUGGCCUUUCCCGGCUCUUCUCAGCCUCGGAGUUUGAAGAUCCCUUAGUUGGUGAAGACGUAGAGCGUGCCAACUCUAUGGGCCUGUUUCUGCAAAAAACAAACAUAAUUCGCGAUUAUCUGGAAGACCAGCGAGAAGGGAGAGAGUUUUGGCCUCAAGAGGUUUGGAGCAGAUAUGUUAAGAAGUUGGGGGAUUUUGCUAAGCCAGAGAAUAUUGACGUGGCUGUGCAGUGCCUGAAUGAACUGAUAACCAAUGCCCUGCACCACAUCCCUGAUGUCAUUACCUACCUUUCAAGACUUAGGAAUCAGAGUGUGUUUAACUUCUGCGCUAUCCCACAGGUAAUGGCCAUCGCUACUUUGGCUGCCUGUUACAACAAUCAGCAGGUUUUCAAGGGUGUCGUGAAGAUUCGGAAGGGGCAGGCAGUCACCCUCAUGAUGGAUGCCACCAAUAUGCCAGCCGUCAAAGCUAUAAUAUGCCAGUAUAUGGAAGAGAUUUAUCAAAGGAUCCCCAACUCCGACCCGACCUCUGGAAAAACCCGACAGAUCAUUUCCAGCAUCAGGACACAGAACCUCCCCAACUGCCAGCUCAUCUCCCGGAGCCACUACUCGCCCUUCUACUUGCCGUUCGUCAUGCUCUUGGCCGCCCUGAGCUGGCAGUACCUGAGCACCCUGUCUCAGGUCACAGAAGACUAUGUUCAGACUGGAGAACACUGAGUGGCAGGUGACAGAACCUGGCUUGACCUGGCUUCCCCUUCAGGGACCGAUGUUGGCUUCUCUUUUGUUAUAUUGUUUCUUCCUAUUUUGACACACACCCUCCAUGGAGAUGUGUGUGCUUGAAGCUGUGAAAUACAGUUAAGACGACACACAUGCACAUGAAAGGAGGGUCGCCCAGACCCCACAGAGACGGUUCAGAGUCCUGGUUGCAGCUGAGGUGACUAAUGCGGCCACAUGGGGGACUGUCCCAGCAUGUCACCCAGAGUGCAUCCAGGCUGGAGGGAUAAUUAAAUAUAUUUAAUUUGAAGCAACCUUUGAGUACCUAUCAUAGUGGAAAAUGAAGUGAAUUCUCUUCCUGUCCAGGUCCUAUUUUCUUGCCGUUGUUUCAUUUGUCUGAUUGUGGUACAUCUGAGCGUUGAGGGUUCCAGGUGACAUUUCUGUGCUUCCCUGGAAUGCAGGCUUGUCUCUGCUUCUGCUUCUGCAGGCUGUGAAUAAAAUUCUGGGUGUCCUGAUAUUAUUCUGUAUCUUAAAGUGGGUAGGGCUUUCAGAGACAGCAGGAACGCCCCAGACCUCAUUUUAGAGGCUUGGCCUCCAGCUAAGGCUGUCGUUUCAAGGGAGAAUUUUAAAAUAAAGAAUUUAAUGAUUC